AUGGACCAAAUGCUGAACCACCUCCUCGGCGAGAACUACUUCUCCGGCAACUGCGAGAACAUCCAACACCUGAUACUGCUCGGUAAGGGGAUCAAGAAGGUUCAAUUUAUACUGCCCAACUUCAAUGUGCUCGGUCCCGGCGGAGAUCCCGCGGAGUCGCCCGAACGUCUUGCCAGCUACCUCAAGUACGGGAAAGUCCAGUCGCAGCCGAAGAGUCGUGAUGCCAACAUUCUCGACCCUUCGAACCGCGUGGCCCACAGGUAUAUUUUCAAGAAGCGCUCGGUCCGGUACCUAUCCGACGAUCUAUCUGAGCUGGGCUGUUUGCAGCACGGCGAUGAACUACUCGUGGUCGUAGAGCGUGGCGGCUCUGCAAACGACAAAGACAGUACCGCGGGCGCGAGCACGCAUGAUCCCUUAUUGGAAAGUCAAGAUGGGGAAACUGGCCUCGGGGCAAUUCAUCUCCGACAUGCGUGGAUGAUGAGCACGGCGAAGUCCAUGCCUGAUGUGAGUGGAGAUGACGCGGUCGAAGACACGUAUCACGACGUCGACGAGUACGACUGGCAAGACUGGUUGUAG